AUGGAUAGGGUAAAGGAUUUAUCAUCAAAGAAAGCUGUGGUUAUAUUUACAAAGAGUUCAUGUUACAUGUGUCAUAGCAUCAAGCAACUUUUCUAUGAGCUUGGAGCAAGUCCUGCAGUAUAUGAACUGGACAAUGAUUCAUCAUAUGGUAAGGAAAUGGAAUGGGCUUUGAAGGGUAAUUUUGGAUGUAACCCUUCAGUUCCAGCAGUGUUUAUAGGUGGAAAAUUUGUAGGAUCUUCAAAAGAUGUUAUAUCUCUACAUGUUGAUGGAUCUCUCAAACAAAUGCUUAUGGAUGCAAAAGCCAUUUGGUUAUAA